AUUUUGGGAUAUCAAAUUCGCGCAAAACCGAUUUAACGCCAGAUCAAGGACCACAGUUGAUCCGUUAAUUUUUCUACGAAGAAAUUUUUAAAGAUCUUCGUCCAGGUGACUCUAUCUCGAUCGAGUGGACUAGUUUUUUAUCGCGUGCGUGGCGCGUAGUGGGGGUAGUAGCUGCGCAGGAACGCACGAAGGCACCGCGCUAGCACGUAGGUCAAGUUACGAUACUCUGCGCGCAUUCAGUUCGCGGGGAGCGCUCGUACAGUGCGCGUUGUUGUCCCGUGUUCCUCUAGAUGGUUGAUCACGUGGGAAACAUUGCGCCGAGUUUUCGCGAUUCCGUGGCGGAGAAGGGCCGAGGGAAAGGGAAUAAAUGUGCGCGAGUCCGUAAUGGACAACCCUAGCGGCGGAAGAGAUAGUCGGUACGCAAGUCUUGGCUACAGCAUGGGGAUGAUAGGCAGCGACGCUGGCUCGGAAAUGUACGGCCGACCGUCCACCUCCCAACUUACAACUUCUCAAAUAAGCCGCGGUGGCGCCACCAUGAUGGCAGCGGCGGCCGCUGCAGGCGCACCGAAUGCCGGCGUGGGAUCUGUACAGAGGGGUAUCAAGAGGACCACUUCGGACGUCUGUUACGAUGACAGUAACGCACGGCAGGCACUUUCGCAACAGCAGGCCAUGUCAAUGUCCACAGACUGUGUCCCCGAUAAUCUGGAGGAGUCAUUUACGAGUUUGGGCCAGCCGAAAAAGUCACCCCCCUCGAACGGUAAGAAGACCAAAGGACGGGUCAAGAUUAAAAUGGAGUACAUCGACAAUAAACUACGGAGGUAUACCACCUUUUCGAAGAGGAAAACCGGAAUCAUGAAGAAGGCGUACGAGCUGUCGACACUGACAGGUACACAGGUGAUGUUGCUGGUAGCCAGCGAGACCGGGCAUGUGUACACGUUUGCGACACGAAAGCUGCAGCCGAUGAUAACGAGCGAGGCCGGGAAGGCGUUGAUCCAGACCUGUCUGAACAGCCCGGACCCUCCCGCCUCCGGUUCCUCCGGUGACCAGAGGAUGUCCGCGACCGGGUUCGAGGAGACCGAACUGACCUACAACAUAGCCGACGACGAGCAGAAAGAAGACGGCACUUCACCUAGAUCGGACGUUUGCGCGAACGAAAGCGACGGAGAUACCAGCGAUGGCGAUUCUCCUGUGUCAAAGGAUCUCUCAAAAAAUCACUCAGGUAUAAUGUACCAGAUGCCACAGACAGUAAUUUACUCGCCGACUCCGGGGGUUCUACUCGGUAUCGGGCAAAACGGCCAGCCAGUGCAAAUCUCUCAAGAAGGAGGCACGGUAGCCCCGGUUAACUCGACGCAGAGUAAUCAACCGUUCAUCACGAUACCGCUGAACGUCGCGAUGAGUGCCGCCGGCUUGUCGCUUCCGGUUACAUCCAGGAUGAAUCUGUCGCCGUCGCCGCGAUCACCAACGACAUCGGCCACGUCCAGCUGCGAGCUACCAUCGGACCUGAGCAAAGAUCGUGAGUGAUAUAUCGCGGAUCGAGCCUCGAUUAAGAAAAAACCCUCCCCGAAGCUUGUCGCUCGACGAUGCAACAAAAGGCUUGACCCGACGAGAUUGGACGGGCCAUCUUUUUUCCAACGAUCGUUUCGGUUCACCAAAGAAGGUCGGAGCGAACCGUGACGCAUACAGAAACUCGGAAAUCUCGCGCGGAACAUUUUCUCUUCAGCGACGCGACGGGAUGACCUGUUUCGAUCGUACGUCCGAGCCGAAUUGAUCCGACGAUCGAAAUGGACGCGUUCUCUGCAAUGCUAUCGAUACAUACGGAUAAAAUUUGCUGCUUAUCGCGUACGAUCGACUGAUUUGUAUUUUGCAAAAUGAUGGAUUUUGUCGAGAUCUCCUUUGCGCUCGCGAUCUAGCUGGUCGCGACGGUAACGCGUUGCAACGCGCAGGUGCUUGUCAUUGGUCGAGGAUAUUCGUUUGAUGAAAUUUUGCGAAAUUAUCGGUACUGUGUUGUAUUUUAUAGAGGAUUGUAUAAAACCAGAGAACGAAUCAAAUUGCAACGAUGAAUACGUCGAGAGUAAGGGUAGCAAAUUUGCAUGGAUCUUUGCGUACGAUAUUAUGUACGUAAAUUAGCAUUGACCGAUGAUUGGUUGUAAUAUGAAAUUAUCAAUGCGCAUUGGUAUAAUUUUUGUUGAUACUGGACUUUGUUAGCCGACGUUUAAUCGAUAUUCGUGCAAUACUAGUCGAAGGUUUUAUCCAAUAACCGUUCCACGAAUUAAUUGUUUACGCUGUCUUCGUAGAAUUCGCCGCCUUUCCAGUUAUUAUUUAACGUUUCGUAAAUUACUUAAUAGAGAGAAAAGGAAUUCAAUAUUUUUUCAACGUUAAACGUUAUAUAGGGAUAUUUGAAGAUUCGUGGGAUCGGUGAGUCGAAUGAGACGCAUUCGAGUGCAGUAAUUUGAUAAUAAUAGAAAAAUGAGCAAGUAAUAAUAAAAUAUCGAAAUUUUAGCGAUACAUUUUAUGUAUCACGUGUGUUAUGUACUAUAAUUGUAUAUAUAUCAACGAUUCGAAGCUUGUAAUCUUUAACGUUUUCUUCUUUUGCAACGUAAAUCAUCACGAAACGAUUACAGAACUUAUAAGUUUAUAGCUCGAAGCGGUACACCAUUCGACUGCGGCGAUUUGUUCGCAAUUCUCAUCCUAGAAAACGCAAGUUCAUAUGGUUGUUCGCGAAUUAUUUGAAAGAAAAGGGGGAUAACUAAAGAGAGAUAUCGAAGAUCGAUGAAUCGUGUGGCGAUAAUGACUUCUCAAUCGUACAGGGUGCUUCUAAAAAUAAUCUAUAAGCUAGCGUUAUCGUUUUUUUUUUGAGCUAUAGAGAAGAAAAUAUUCGAUAUAUUUUCUAACACGGAAGUGCGAUUAACCAAAGACCUUUUUGGUUUAUUCGAAUUGUAUUAUUUAUUAGCUUACCCGGAUAAUGAUUCCUCGAGAAACAACGACGUGUUCGCGGUGUUACCGAAACGUAGAAAUUACACAAAUUCCUCGUGAAUCAGUCACAAAAUGUAAAAGGCGAUAAUAAUGUCUCCAGAUAAAUGAUCCGAACCGUUCAAUUAGUCAGUGAUAAUGUUGGCAAUCGUAACCGUUCGUUUAUACGAUCAUAAUGUUUAAUCAUUAACCGUAAAAUAGUGAUAAGCACGCAUCAUUAUCAGCCAAAUUGUUUCAACAGUAUUUUUAUUCACACAGUAAUCUCUAUUUUACACGAUAUGGAAAUAAAUCAUCAGCUUGUGAUAGAUAACACGCGAAAAGCUUGUAUUUUUUUACAAUGCACCUAUGAUUUUUACACGGAUAGUACUAUCGACACGCGCGAGGAACAUUGUCAAACUUACCAAAUGAAUUUCUUUCUUUUUUCCUUUGCUUUAUUAAACAAUAUUAAAGAUGCAACGCUUUCCUUUAAUGCGAAUUUAUUUUGCUUCUCUAAAUUUCAUCGAUAUUAUUUGAGAUAAACGUUAAUAGGUGAUGAAAGUAUUCUGGAAUGGUACCUGCUUAUUGAAACAAAAUUAGGAAGAGCGUAGUUUAGAAAAGAAGCAAAAUGAUAAUGUACUUUUUUUAAAAAUUAUCGAAUUUUUUUAUGUAUUUUAUAUAUUUACGUCUAAUCGAUAUUAUUUGAUAGUGCCUUCUUAGAGAAUUAAAAGAUGUUGGAAAAAAUUCAAGAAAAAACUUUAAUAUUACACUUAUAAGUACUAUGUGCUCCUUAGAAUGAAUUUUUUAAACUUAAUGCAGACGUAUUACGAAUUUUAUUAACUUUUCUCAUUAGGUAAUGCUAGUCAAAAGAUUGUAUUAUACCUAGUCAUUGAAAUGUGCAAUGAAACAUAAACAAGCAUUUAAUUUUUGUAUCGUAACAUUGCUCGAAGCAGCUGCAGAAUGUAAUAAAGUUACUUAAUGAAAAUUAAGAAACUAAAGUAUAAAAUCUGAUAAAAAUUUCAAUAAAACUCUAAAUUGAAAGAACCAAUCGCGGAACUUUUAACAAUCUGUUUCGAUAGAAACUUAUAUGAAUGAAAUGAAAUAUUCUAUCACCUGUACAUUGUAUAAAAUUAUCCUAACAUUGUUUUGAGCAGUGAAUACGUUGUAUGGAUUGCCAUAAGAAUAAGAGAUUUAUAAAAUGAACGAUAGUACGAUCCGUGGGAUAAUGUGAAAGAUUCUUAUGCCAAAAUCCAUACAUUCUCGUCCAAAAGGGAAUACCGUUGUAUCAUGCAUUUAUCAUAAAUAUCUUGAAAACAUCAAAUUUCACUUUAUAUCUUUCGAAAUUUUAGACACUGGCCUGUUCACACGAAUUACAUGACAGAAUUCAGGCAUUUCUUUUAUUAUUUCAUCUUGUUAUUGAUUAAAAUAAUCUUACGUAAAAUAGUGGAAGUUCGAUUUCGUUUCAUUUUAUUCCUUUCUUGAUCAUAAAUAUAUUUCAUAUACAGUAGUACGUAACUCGUUUUUAAAAAUGUUUCGCUAAACUUCGUUCUUAAAUACUUUGGUUUUGUUGUAAAUAAAUAAUACGUGAAACUUGUACAGUAAAAAUUCAUAAAACAAAUACUCACGGUUUUACGAGUACUAAAUUGAUUUUUUGUCAGCCUGUGAAUCGGCGACAGCAACCAAAAGUUCUAUUUUAACUUCGUUAGACAGUUUUUGAUAUUGAAAAACGACUCCUGUUAUUCCAAGAGAAUGAUAGAAAUUACUUACAACCUUCGUGCUUCCACGUGCAAUAAUUACAUCGAUAACUACCGUAAACAAUUUUCUCCUAUAAUGAGAAAUAUCCAAAAAGAUAAGGUACAUAUGGUGCACAUCGACCUAUUCAAAUGCGAAUGGAAUUCACCUUAAUCUCGCGUUAUGUAAAUUAAAGCCGAAAUGAAAGAGCAAAAGCAAGAAAAUUCAAACGAUAAUUUCUGCAUUCUGUUAUCGCACAAAUGCACACAUACUUUUUAAUGCCGCACCAUGCAAUAUUACAAGAUAAUUAUAGUUCGUAAAACGCAUGCUAUUUGAGAGUGAUUUUAUGAUCACAUAUGAAAAUAAUAUUUACAACAACUAAGGUAUUUAUAAAUCGUUCACGAGGCAAAUAUGGUAAAAUAAUAAUGGGACGAAACAAUUCGAGCGUUAUAACUUGUGUGUACACGUGUAAUUAUGAUGGAACUUUAUCGAAGUGCUAAAGGAAGAUGGAAUAAUGUUUGAAUGAAGGAACAUGAGAAAUGCGUUUGUGAACUAUUUUACUUUCGAAAAUUUUACUUCGUUUUUCUGCGUUAUUGUUAUCUACGCUUAACGAGUGUUCUUUACUUUCUUCGCCGUUUAUAUUUCUUUACAUUCGAUGCAGUAAAAUUAGAAAAUUUUACGAUAGCAUAAGAAUCAUUGGUUUUCAUGAAAUUUUAUGUUUCGGAUGUAAAGACGAGCAAUUAAUUUCUAAAAAAAUGAAGAGUAACACGCGAAUGAUGUCUUAUGAACCUCAUAAAGUGCAGUACCUCGAAAAAUUCGAUGGCCAUGGUUCGAGCUUAAUGUUUGUAUAAUAAUAGAGAAAUUCGUAUGUUCAGCAUGUCCGUUGGGAAUCCAAAUUCUCGACCAUCGUCGACGAAUGACAAAUUUAAAUGCCUUCUAUUUUAUAUACAAUUUAUAUAUACAUAUCUAUGUAAUAUACGCUGCGAGGGUUGUUUAAAUUUUUCUGGGAUUUUAUAAUUUUCUUAUGAAUAAAGACAUUUGAAGAAUAUUACAGGUAUUUUAUAUAAUCUUAUCAAGACAAAUAUCAAUACAAAAUUUUGAAUUUCUCAAGUAUUUAUAUCAGAGAUUAUUCAAUAUUUAAAGUAAAUUACAACUUAUUCCAAUUUUUUCCAAUCCUUAUAUCUCUGUCAAUAAUCUAAAGAUAUUUUGCCUAUUCUUACAAAUUCACCGAAACAUAAUUGUUAAUUCGUGAUAAAUAAACGUUAAACUUAAAGAUUUCUUAUAUAACAAAGGUCUUGCACACUUAUCAUAAUAAUUCUACUAGUGGAUAAAAAAAUGUUUAAAAAAUAUUACAUAGCAAACUUUAAUAUUUCCAUGUAUGUGUAUGAUGUAAUGUGUAUGUGUAAUAUUACAAAGAUCAUUCAAUGACUCAACCAAUCUGUUAUACAUGAAGGAAGAGAAAGAACUCCUGAAAUGUCAAAGAAAUAUAUCUAUGGUAAAUCAUCGAUUAUGUAACAAAUAAUUAUAUUCAUAACAAUCGCAAUCAUACUAUAGAUAAAAUUCCAACAACCCUCGGCUAUACAUGAAUUGCAAUGUUUUUUAUUACUUCUCUACUGUAAUAUAUAUUACAGCAUGAAGAAUGUUUGUAACGAAUGAACAUAUGUAGACAUAUCGUUGUUUUUUUACACUAACUUUACGUAAUGUACCGAUCAUGUAACAUUGUUAGAAUUGUUGUGACGAAUACGUCGAAUAUGAAGAAAUGAAAUAUAAUUAUUCGAAUUACAA